GUCAGGAAGACAAAGGUUUCAUGUCCCACAUCCUCUCCGACUGCAGCAACUCGGCAGGAUGGAGCAGUGUAUGGUGAAGCCAGAGGUCAAACGGAAACCCAAACCGCCCAAGCCUCCUCCAAAGCCUGCUGAGAUAAAUGGAAAUGAACCUGCGAAGGUGGGGAAACCGACACCUGUGGUGCCUCCACGACCUACAGAUGCUGAACUGAGUAAAACACAAUUCCGCACCAAGAUGAUGCCACCAGCAGACAAUAAGGCCAACAGAAACCUGAUACAAGCAGAAACUAAAGUGAAACCAUCUGGGACUGUGGUUCCAGCCAGACCCACAGAAAAGGAGCUGAAUGCCACAACCAGACACAGACACCACAAGAAGGUACAGGCUGAGGACACACAGCAGGGCUGCAGAGAGACGGCCCCGUCAGAGGAAGCCAAAGAUGAAACGGACAAUCAAAGCGCCCUGAGCGGGAUGUUUCGUUGGAGCCAGAAAGAGAAAACUCCGACUUUCACCAGUUAUGUGAUCAAAGACGGUGACGAAGAGGAAAAAACUGAAGAUCUCCCUGCAAAACAGGCUCCCAGUGGCAAGCAGGGCGUUCUCAAGGGAGUAAUGAAAGGUUUACAGAUCAGACCCUCGCCGAAGACCAGCAGAGAGCCCAGCCCGGAUCCCAGCGCCGACGAACCGCCUCCAGGAAAGGAAAAUUCCUCAGAAAACACCAAGCAGGACAAGCCGGCAGAGCCCAAAGCGGACAAAGGAGGCCUCAUCGCCGGGAUGUUCAGGAAAACACCCAAAGAGAAAGAGAAAGCUCCGUCUCCUGCAGUGACGGUCAGCACAGUGGACAGUGACGCCGAUGACGCAGAGGAGAAAACAUCUGAACACACACAUGAGAAAGGAAGCUUCUUUGGCAUUCUGAAAAAAUCCCACAGACCAGCAGAUGAGGCGGCUGCACAGGAGGAUCUGAGCGAGCCGGCAGCCGGCAGCGACGGCCUGUCGGAGAACAACGGCAAGGAGAAAGGAGGAAUAUUCAGUGGGAUGUUCAAGAAAUCUCCCAGAACAACAGAAGCCGCUCCACCUGAAGAGGACCGGCAGUCGUUGCACAGCGAUCUGUCGGGCAGUAGCGACAAUCUGUCUGAAACCUCAAAGCAGGAAAAGGGGGGAUUUUUCAGCGGGAUCCUUCGCAAGUCUCCCAAGCCACCUGGAGAGGUGACACCUGGGCAGGACAAGCAGAGUGAGCUGUCAGCCAGCAGCGACAGUCUGAAUGAGAACAGCAACAACAAGGAGAAAGGAAGUGUGUUCGGAGGAAUGUUCAAGAAAACGCCCAAAACGUCUGAAGCCCCCCAACAAGACGAGGAUAAGGCGUCGCUGCACAGCGAGCUGUCUGCCAGCAAUGACAGUCUGUCAGAGAGCAAACCACAGGAGAGAGGCGGGCUGUUCAGCGGGCUCCUCAGGAAGACGCCCCGAGCCCCCGGAGAGGCGCAGGAGAAUCUCUCUGCUCAGAAAGAUCUCUCUGCCAGCAGCGACAGCCUGUCUGAGAGCAGCAGCAACACCAAGGAGAAAGGAAGCGUGUUCGGCGUAAAGUUGAAGAAGACGUCCCGACUCGCAGAUGAUCCUCACACAGAGGAGGACAAGCAGCCCGGAGACGGCAGGCUCUCAGCCAGCAGCGACAGUCUGUGUGAGAACAGCACCACCGAGAAAGGAGGAAUAUUCAGUGCAAUGUUCAGGAGGUCUCCUAAACCUGAAGAGGAUAAGGAGUCUCUGCAUGGCGAGCUCUCUGCCAGCAAUGAGAGUUUAUCUGACAACAAGGAGAGAGGCGGGCUGUUCAGCGGGCUCCUCAAAAAGACCCCCAAAGCGCCUGGAGAAAAGGCCGAUUCACAGGACAAAGACGCCCAGAAAGAGCUCUCGUCCAGCAGGGACAACCUGUCUGAGAACAGCAGCAGUAAAGAGAAAAACAUCUUCAGCAACAUGUUUAAGAAGCCGCAGAAACCAGCUGAUGGAGCCACAACAGACGAGGAGCUGGAGGAGAGCAGCCGAGAGCAGAUCUCUGGAAGCUGUGAGAAUCUCAUACAAACCACCGUCCCCAAGGAGAAAAGCAUCUUCAGCAACAUGUUUAAGAAGCCGCAGAAACCAGCUGAUGGAGCCACAACAGACGAGGAGCUGGAGGAGAGCAGCCGAGAGCAGAUCUCUGGAAGCUGUGAGAAUCUCACACAAACCACCGUCCCCAAGGAGAAAAGCAUCUUCAGCAACAUGUUUAAGAAGCCGCAGAAACCAGCUGAUGGAGCCACAACAGACGAGGAGCUGGAGGAGAGCAGCCGAGAGCAGAUCUCUGGAAGCUGUGAGAAUCUCAUACAAACCACCGUCCCCAAGGAGAAAAGCAUCUUCAGCAACAUGUUUAAGAAGCCACAGAAACCAGCUGAUGGAGCCACAACAGACGAGGAGCUGGAGGAGAGCAGCCGAGAGCAGAUCUCUGGAAGCUGUGAGAAUCUCAUACAAACCACCGUCCCCAAGGAGAAGAAGGGAGGCCUGUCCGGCAUAUUCAAGAGGUCCGCCAGCACUGACGACCUGUUUGACAGUGAGGAGAAAGGAGGGCUGUUCAGCGGACUCCUCAAGAAAACACCCAAAGCCUCUGGAGAAGAGGCUGCUGGUCAGGACAAAGAGCUCUUUGCAAGCAAUGACAGCCUGUCGGAGAACAUCAGCACUAAGGAGAAAAAUAUUUUCAGUGGGAUAUUUAAGAAGGCUCCUAAACCAGCAGAGGAGACUACAGCAGAUGAGGAGUCGAACGCAGGAAUGGACCGGUUGUCUGCCAGCUGUGAAAACCUCUCAGACACGACAGCAUCGAAGGAGAAGGCGGGAGGCCUCUCAGGCUUCUUCAAAAAGUCUCCCAAACCAGCUCCACGCACUGUCGCCACCAAGGAUCCUCUCAGCGACUCGAGGGAGCUGUCGGCCAGCUGGGACAGCCUCACCGACAUCGCCAAGGACAAUCUUUUAGCACAAAGUGAACUGUCAGCCAGCACCGAUAAUCUGAUUGAAGCGACAGGCGCCUCAAAAGAAAAGAAAACGGGGUUCGCUGGCAUGUUCAGGAGGACUCCUAAAGCAGUGGAGCAGCAGGACAGUGAGGACAUGGAGCCACCAGAGGGCGGCAGUCAGCUGAGGCGCCGGAGGACCAUCAAGAAGAAGAGACGGGUUGUCUCUUUCCGAGUCAAGAAAACUCUUCCCAGAAUUCCCAAACUUAACUUCAACACUCAGAGUUCUGACAAGCUGCCGAUUCUCGAGGAGACUGUGGAGAUGCAGCCCGUGAACACAACACAGGAGAGCACAGUAGAGAUCCAGCCUGUGGAGAUGGCAGCUUAUCCUACUGAGGGCAACCCGCUGGACUCUGAGGAGGAAAACGACGGCUUGAUGGACUGGUGGAAAUCGGUCGAAGGCUGGACCGAGUGGAAUGAAACAUCCAAUUUUCAGGAGGAGGAUGAGGAAAUGGCGGUGGAGCAGGCUGCAGACCGUGUGUUCAUGGCAGCCCGGCUCUUUGUGCGUCUCUUCAACCAGCGGGGGGCGUCCUUACAGCACCGCAUCCUGGAGCUGCUGGCCCAGGCCGACGCCGCCGACCAGUUCCACAAGAGGACGGUGACGGCCGCUGUGGGGGGAGGGGUGGCCAGCGUGGCGGGCAGCGUGGCCACCAUCACGGGCCUCAUCCUGGCGCCCUUCACCUUCGGCGCCUCGGUCAUCGUCACAGCGGUGGGCAUCGGCGUGGCGACCGCCGGCAGCAUCACCUCGGCGACGGCCAACAUCACAGACACGGUUCACUCCAACAUGGAUCGUAAGAAGGUGGAGAAGAUGAUCCAGGGCUACCAGGAGGAGAUCAGUGACAUCAGGGAGUGUUUGGAGUUCGUACAGGAAGGUAUGGACACCCUGCAGGAGUGGGACUUUGAGAAGUACUCAGAGAGCGCGGCCAAGAAGGCUCUGAACCACAACAUCAAGCACGUGAUGAAGGAGGGCGGUCGAGCCGGCAAGGCCCUGAUGAUCAACACCGACAAGCUCAUCAGCACCGUGCAGGUCCUCGGCGCGGCGGGCGGCGCCGCCAAAGCCGCCCAGGCCAUCAGCGUCACCACGGGCGUCAUGUCAGCCCUGUUCCUCGCCCUGGACGUCUUCUUCCUGGCCAAGGACUCCCACGAGCUCCGCAAGGGCGCCAAAACCAAGUUCGCUACCAAGAUCCGUGAAGUAUGUAAAGACCUCCAAGAUGGCCUCCUGGAGCUAAACAAAGUGAAGACUCAGCUGCAGAAGACCAUGGACGGCAUCGAGGUGGAGGAGUAUGAGGAAAUCGAGGAGGUGGAGGUGGAGGUGGAAGACGAUUUGGAAUCGGACCCGGUGAAGCUGGCUCAGCUGGAGCAGGAGCUGGACCUCCUGGAGGAGAAACUGGACAAAAAGGUCGAGGAGGAGCAAAAGAAGAGUCAGAUGAAGGAGAAAGGACCUAUGGAGAGCAAGAAGGAGGGGAAAGAGAAGGAGAGCAAGAAUGAUAAAGCAGAGUCAGAGAAUAAAGGGGCUAAGGAGAGGGAGAAAGCACAGGAGGAAGGAGAAAAGGAUGCUAAGGUAGAGGGAGAGAAGGAGAGCAAGAAGGAAGAAGGCAUCAUGGAGGGUAAAUCUGAGUCCAAGCUGAAGAGGCUACCGGAUGAAAAUAAACAGGAGAAGAGUGAGAGUGUCAAAUCUGAGAAAGAAAACAAGGAGAAGCGUUCCAAGGAACGACCUGACAAAGGAGGGAAGGAGGAGAAAGAAACGGAUAAUCAAAUGAACACCGAAAAGGAGAAAAACGAGAGUAAGCGGGAAAAGGAAAAACACACAACUAGCAAGAGGGAGAGGACAGAAGAGAAGAGGAAAGAGACGGAUGAAAAGAGCACGAACGAAAAAGACCAGGAGCGAGCUAAAAGCAGGUCGGGCGGCCCAAAAAGAGAAAGCUGGAGCGGAAAGGCGGAUCCAGAGAGGGCGAGGAGCGACAGAGGAGCCGAAAUGAGGAAGAGCAGCACGGAGAGCGAAAGAGCGACGAGCGAGAGGGAUCGAGAUCGGCACGGAGCCGACCGGGAGAGGAAGGAAAAAGAGGCGGAGAGAGGGAGCUCGAGCCGGCACGGCAGCAGGAGUGAGAAAGACAGAACGAAGGAAAGGAGCGAGAGACGGAGCAAAGAUGAAACGAGAGGAAGCAACCAGAGAGACGAGGAGAGACGGACCGAGAAGGCUCCAGCGAGGGACUGCAGGGCGGAAAGGGCAAGUAAGGACGAGAAGCACGGCAGCGAAUCAAAGAGAGAGACGGAAAGAGACUUGAAACAAGCAGAAGUGGGGGGCCAGGCGAGGAAAGAGACAUCGCGGAGUCACGAAGCCGCGGCGAGGAGAGAGCGUUCGGACAGACGGGGGGAGGAAUCGGACGCGAAGAGGAGCUCGCACACGAGAGGGGCGGCGCCACACAACGAAAGAGCGGCAGGGAGGAGCCAACGGGAGCGAGGGGAGGAGAAACGAGGGAGCAAAGUGGAGAGCAUGAGGAUGCAGUUUGAGGGCGGCGGCGGCAGGGCGAGUCAGCGGAGGGAGAGAGACAGGAGAGGCAGUGACAGGGAGAGAGGGCACGACCCCACCCGCCGAGGCUCUCACACUCGAUCAAAAGGCACCAUGGAGGACGGACUGUACAUUUAACUCGGCAUUUUUAAACAAAGAUGCUGUAAAAAAACACUAAAUGAUUUAGCUCUUUUUGUGCCAGAGCGCCCUCUUCCUGUUUUGUGCCAUAUAGCAGCCUGGCAGAUUUCCCUCCGGCGGCUCAGAGUGUUUGGAAGAAGCGGUUUUGCUCUCGAUUUGUGUGACGUGAAUAAAUCUGGACUCCUUCCAGGUUUCAUUGGUUUUGAAAAUGUAAUCAUCCAUUCUGUUCCUGUGAAAUUUAUUUAUCUUUGAGCGACGUGAGGUUUGCUUAGAUGAAACACUAAAAUGCAAUGCACACACUGCAGUUUUUCCUCAGGGGUCUCUCGUGUGUUUCCGGUUCUUAAACUGAUGUGUCAAAAUGUGGUAAUGAUGUAUUGAUGCCAUAUAGCACCUUUAACUUUUGAUUCAUCCGUUUAUAACUAACAUGGUGUUUGUUGCUUUAUUGUUGGUGUUUCAGUGGGAUUUUUAAGUGUUUUUUUUUCUCUACCAAAAACGCCACUUAUGAAUGGGAGAUGUACCAACUCGGUGGAAUCGUAUAAGUUAUUAACUCUAUUUAAGCCAAACACUUGGUCGACGCCUUAAAAUCUCACCGUGCACAAAACGGGCCUGUUAUGGAAACUUUUACACUUAACUAUGCACUUUAGCAAGUUGCUGCUGCUCUGCUCUCAGGUUUACUGUCAGUCAUGACUCCUCCUUUAAAUAAAUGUAAAUGUGCGCCAGUAUGAAAAGGUCGGUUUUGUAAUGUUAACUGGAAUCGGUUGCGGCGGCAGAUGCAGCCUGGUCAGUUUUCAUCACUGGUGUAUUUUGAUAUCUGUAUGUAUUUUUUUUUUUUUAUGGGUCAAAUAUUCUUCUCUAUGGUGCCAGUUUUUCAUUGUAUAAAUAAAUAACUAAAUAAAUAAAUGGAUGUACAGAGGUUA